AAAUGUUUAUUUUGAAAUAUGGAAGAUAUAAAUAGAAUUUCAGAAGAUUCGGACAAUAGAUUAUCUAUAAAUAAUACAGAUAUGGACAACAAUCCACUAGAAAGUAUACCAUUAAAUGAUUCUGUAGUAGAUGAUACAACCAGCAAUAAAGAGAAUAACGUAAUAUCUAUAGAUGGAGAGCGUAUAACACACUCAGUACAUAAUUAUUUAAAAGGGAAAGAGUUAUACUUUACUAUAAUUAGUUCAAUAAUUGGAUCAGGCGUACUGUUUAUACACAGUGCAAUAACAAAUGGAGGAAUCCUUUCAUUUAUUAUAGCAAGUAUGCUCUCUUAUAUUGGGAUUAUUUCAAUAACUGAGUCAGUGUUUAGAGGCAGAAAAAAUGAAAUGUUGACUGACCAGGCAGUGCAUGAUCAAGAUGAAGUGACGUACGUUAGCUUUGCAAAGUUACGACCGAGAUUCCUUCAUGUGCUAUUUACAGUACUAUUAGUGACACUAAUGCUAAUAACAACAAUAAUAUACCAGACACUCAUAUGGAAAUGGACGUAUGAUAAUAUAGAAUUCUUAUUUGGAGAUAUGUUAAGCAUAAGUAACCAGAAUAUAAAUAUAAUCAAAGGAAUAGCCUCAUUCUUAAUGAUUAUUGUUCUUUGGUGGUACUCUGUGAUAGAAUCACCCGGGGAUACCAAGAAUAUUCAAAUAAUCACGAAUAUUUCAAUUGUACUCCUGUCUGUGGUAUUGGCAGUAUUUCUGGUAAUUAUAUAUACAGUGUUUGAACCAAGUGUUCCAAGUACAGAUACAUUAAAGUAUUUAGUCAUAGGGAAGGACCCUUCUGUGGUGAACUUCUUUGGGUCUGUUGCUACUAUAUUCUUUGCCAUAAAUUCACAUUAUAAUAUUCCUGUGUAUAUGAGUAAAGUAAAAAUAAGUACAAAGAGGAGUGCUUUAUACCCCGUGCUUAUAAGUAAUACAUUGGUGUACAUCUUGUUCUUUAUAAUAGGGAUUGAGGGAUACUUUUUAGUCAGAGCAAAUGAAUUUAGUGGUACAAAUAGCAAUAUACUCACGAGUAUUUCAUUAGUACUGGAUUCUAACAAGCACGAUAAUGAUCAUAAUACUGUUUAUGCUGCGGCCCAGAGUCUUAUUUCUGUGUUUAAAUUAGCAAUGAGUGUUAUCCUUCUGAACUCAUUUAUGUGGCAUAUGUUCUCAUAUAGAACAUUAAUUAUGCAAUUCAUACAGAGAGUUAUUAAUAAUCCAACGGUUAUAAGAAUAUUCUCUAUUAAAAAUUCAGUUAUUUUAAACAUAACGAAUUUCAUUAAGAAAAUAUUUACAGAAAGUAUUCCAAAUCUGUUUAUGAAGAUUAUUUCUUACUUACCUGAAAGUAUUCCAAAAUAUUUUGAAAGGACUUUCACCCGCACAGGUGAUAAAACUGAUGAAUCCCCAGGAAAUUCUAAAGUACUUCUAAGGUACGUCAUUGGAACUGUCCUGUUCAGUAUUACUACAUUAAUUGUUAUGCUACAAAUAGAUCUAAAUAUAAUUAUUCAAGUGACAGGUGCCGUUGUAUCAUCAUUUACUUCUAUUUUAGUGCCCUCUAUACUUAUAAUCACUAAUAGGCAUAGAUAUAAUAAGAGGUGGUUUGAUUAUCUUACAGUGUCAUUUAUGAUGGUUGGGUUUAUUGUCCUAAUUAGUAUAGGAAUUAUUAAAGCAUAUUAUUCCAUAGAAGUAAAUACUAAAGAAGUAUCUGUGAGUGGUAUACUGAAUACAACAGAAAGUGCCCUUACUCCAUAA